AUGGCUCGACCUUCCACCUUCUUCUCGCCAAUCGUGCUCGUCGCGCUGCUGUUAUUGGGCACGGUUCGGGCACAGUUCUUCCAGCAAUUCUUCGGAGGCAAUGCGGGCGGAUCGAUGUUUGGUCAACGGGAACAAGAGCCACCGCCGAUCCGAUGCCCGUACAAAGACACCAACUCGAUGGCCAAGGACCAGGCUAAGCGAGCGGGAGGCAGCUUCGACGGCGUAAAUGCCGAGCUCGACCUCGGCGGCGGUGUCUGCAUCUCUGCCGACAGCUGCGAAGAGGCCAACAGAUUCCUACAAGGAAAGGCAUAG